CCACCCUUGUUUCCAAAAACUUAGAAACCCCAAAUAAUUCUAUCUCUGAAUUCUUCAUCUUCAAUAACCACAUCACUGCCCAACCCAAUGAUGGAAACUCAUUAAGUGGAGAUUGCUUUGGUUUUUUCUGUGAGCCUCCAUGCUUUCUUCCACUCAUCAGUUUUAGCUGCUGCUGUUGCUGCUACUUAUGCUGCUUCAUCAAUAACCACUUCACCUUUUAUUCUUCGAUUUUCCUCUUUUUCUCUUCAUUCAGAACCCCUAUUUUAUGUUUGAUUUCCUUCACUCAAUUCCACUCUUUUUCAGUUUCCCCUUCAAAUCUCCGCUUGGAAUCAUAGAGGAAGAACGACCAAAAAACAAAAUGUUGUGGAAUAGGUUCACCCCGUCAAAAGUAAGCUUUCUUGGCUGGCACUUUUUGUUGGAUCUUUUGUCGAUAAAAGAUAAUCCUAUGAGCAGAGAACUCACCCUAGCUAACCAUGGAGAAUCUUUGGUUGUGCGUCGUAGUCUACAUGCUACCAUAACCAAGGAUGAAGAUUGGCUUCGACAUAACAUCUUUCACACCAGAUGCACUUCUCGAGGGAAAGCCUGUAAUGUCAUCAUUGACAGUGGAAGUUGUGAGAAUGUUGUGUCAAAUUACAUGGUUGAGAAGCUAGGUCUGCCUGUCAAAGAUCAACCCCAUCCAUACAAGUUACAAUGGCUACGAAAGGGAAACGAGGUAAAAGUAACCAAACGUUGCCUUGUCUCUUUUUCUAUUGGUAACAGGUACCAAGACGAAGUAUGGUGUGAUGUUAUUCCUAUGGAUGCUUGUCACUUGUUACUUGGUCGCCCUUGGCAAUUUGACCGAAAGGCUAUCCAUGACGGCCAUACCAACACCUACUCGUUUGUGAGAGAUGGUGUGAAGGUCAAGCUCACUCCCUUGAAACCUGAAGAAACACUUGAAAAGAAGGAUGAGGACAAGGCUUUAAUCUCCAGAUCAACCUUUCAGAGGUUGCACCAAGAGUCGGGGAUAGCAUGUCUCCUACUAUUAUCCAAAGUAAAUGAUGCCACCUGCCCUUUUCCAGAAGCAAUUCGAUCUUUCCUUGAAGAAUUUUCUGAUGUUGUUCCUGACGAGAUCCCUCCUAGAUUACCAACAAUGAGAGACAUUCAGCAUGCCAUUGAUUUCAUCCCAGGAUCUGUCAUUCCAAACAAGCCUACUUAUCGGAUAAAUCCUCAAGAGUAUGAAGAACUUCAACGACAAGUCAAAGAACUGAUGGAGAAAGGACUUGUCAAGGAAAGUGUUAGCCCAUGUGCCAUGCCUGUGCUACUCGUCCCAAAAAAAGACGGAACUUGGAGAAUGUGUGUAGAUAGUCGAGCAGUCAACAAAAUCACUAUCAAGUACCGCUUCCCAAUUCCACGUCUUGAUGAUAUGCUUGAUCAACUGCAUGGAGCUACUAUCUUCUCAAAGAUUGAUUUGAGAAGUGGAUAUCACCAGAUUCGAAUGCGUCUCGGUGAUGAAUGGAAGACAGCAUUCAAAACUAGAGAUGGUUUGUACGAGUGGACGGUCAUGCCAUUUGGAUUGUUGAAUGCUCCCAGCACUUUCAUGCACCUUAUGAACCAGGAGCACCUAGACCAUCUUCGGCAAGUUUUUGAAGUCCUUAGAGAACAGAAACUUUAUGCUAAUCUCAAGAAAUGUUCAUUCCUCACUACAAGUGUGACAUUUCUUGGAUACAUCAUCACUGCUCAAGGUAUCAAGAUGGACCCCAGUAAGAUUGAUGCUAUUGUCAACUGGCCUACACCAACAUCGAUGCAUGAUGUUCGAAGCUUCCAUGGCCUGGCAUCUUUUUACCGGAGAUUCAUCAAGAAUUUUAGUUCUAUUGUUGCCCCAAUCACUUACAGCCUUAAGGGUGACAAAUUUUCAUGGAGUAGCAAAGCCCAACAGAGUUUUGAAGAAUUAAAGAGGAAGCUCACUGAAACCUUUGUACUUGCACUUCCCAACUUUGACCUGAUGUUUGAAGUAGAUUGUGAUGCUUCUAAUGUUGGAAUUGGUGCAGUGUUGAGUCAAGAAGGUCGACCCAUUGCCUUCUUCAAUGAAAAGUUAAAUGACACAAAGCUCAGAUAUUCCACUUAUGACAAAGAAUUCUAUGCAAUUGUUCGAGCCUUAGAGCAUUGGAGUCAUUAUCUUCUUUCCAAAGAAUUCAUCUUGCACUCUGACCAUGAGGCAUUGAAGCACUUGAAUUCUCAACAGAAGAUCAGUCGCCAACAUGCUGCUUGGAGUGAAUUUCUACAAGCUUAUCCUUUCAUCCUCAAAUACAAAUCUGGAGUCCAGAAUCGUGUAGCUGAUGCUCUGAGUCGCCGACAUGCCUUGCUUACUUCCUUACAAAUGAAAGUCAUUGGAUUUGAAGUGAUCAAGGAGUUGUAUGAGGAUGAUCCUGAUUUUAGCAACAUUUGGCAAGCCACUCCUAAUCAAGCCUUUCAGCAAUAUCAUCGCCAGCAAGAUUACCUCUUCAAGGGUAACCGACUAUGUGUUCCACAUUGCUCACUCCGAGAUUCAAUUAUCUGGGAAGCACAUAAUGGUGGAUUAGCUAGUCAUUUUGGGAGAGACAAGACUUUAGCUCUUGUUAAAGAAAGUUUUUACUGGCCAAAGUUGGAGCAGAAUGUCAUUCGUCACAUUCAAAGAUGCAAAGUUUGUCACCAAGCCAAGACAAUCAAUCAAAACAUAGGGUUGUAUCUGCCAUUGCCUAUCCCAACUUCACCUUGGGAAGAUGUUAGUAUGGAUUUUGUCCUUGGUUUACCACGAACUCAACGAAGCAAGGAUUCUAUCAUGGUCGUGGUUGAUAGAUUUUCUAAAAUGGCUCACUUUAUUGCUUGUCAGAAAACUAAUGAUGCUUCUCUCAUUGCUGAGUUAUAUUUUAGAGAGAUUGUGUGUCUACAUGGAGUUCCAAAGACCAUCACUUCAGAUAGAGAUGUGAAGUUCAUGAGUCAUUUUUGGAGGACUUUAUGGAGAAAGAUGGGCACUCAACUCCAGUUUAGUUCUGCUAGCCAUUCCCAAACCGAUGGGCAAACUGAAGCUAUCAAUAAGAUUUUGGGGAAUCUACUACGAAGUUUUGUGGGAAAGAAUUUGCGACAAUGGGAUCUUGUGCUUGCCCAAGCUGAGUUUGCCUACAACAACUCUUUGAAUCAAGCUACGGGAAAAUGCCCAUUUGAAGUUGUAUAUAGAGUGCGUCCUCUCAAUCCUUUAGAUCUUGCUCCAUUGCCCACAUCUCAACAAUUUAGUGCAGAUGCUUAACAACGAGCCAAGGAGAUCAAGAAACUUCAUGAAGAAGUUCAUUAGAAGCUACAACGUCAAACCAUUAGGUAUAAGGCUCAUCAUGACAAGCACCGAAAGAAGGUUGUGUAUAAAGAAGGAGAUUGGGU